GGAGUGGGCGCCACGCUUCUGGCUUUGACUCCUCACCUAAAAGAUGCUGGAGUCAUAUGUAACUCCAAUUUUAAUGAGCUAUGUGAAUCGUUACAUCAAGAACUUAAAACCAUCGGAUCUACAGCUUUCACUAUGGGGUGGAGACGUGGUUCUCAGCAAGCUUGAAUUAAAGUUGGAUGUGCUCGAACAGGAACUGAAAUUACCAUUCACAUUUUUAAGUGGACAUAUUCAUGAAUUGAGGAUUCAUGUACCAUGGACAAAACUGGGUUCAGAACCAGUGGUAAUUACCAUCAAUACAAUGGAAUGCAUUUUGAAACUUAAAGAUGGAAUACAGGAUGACCAUGAAAGCUGUGGUUCUAACUCUACCAACCGUAGUACUACUGAGAACACAAAAUCAUCAAUAAAACCCCGGAGAAUUCAGCAGGCUGCUCCCACAGAUCCUGACUUACCACCAGGUUAUGUACAGAGUCUGAUCAGAAGAGUUGUAAAUAAUGUAAACAUUGUUAUAAAUAAUCUCAUACUAAAAUAUGUUGAAGAUGAUAUUGUCCUUUCAGUCAAUAUCACUUCUGCAGAAUGUUAUACAGUAGGUGAAUUAUGGGAUCGUGCAUUCAUGGAUAUUUCUGCAACUGAUCUGGUACUGAGAAAGGUCAUCAAUUUUUCCGACUGCACAGUUUGUCUUGAUAAACGGAAUGCCAGUGGUAAAAUAGAAUUUUAUCAGGAUCCUUUAUUGUACAAAUGUUCCUUCAGAACUCGUCUUCAUUUUACAUAUGAUAACCUAAAUUCCAAGAUGCCAUCUGUUAUUAAAAUUCAUACUUUAGUAGAGAGCUUGAAACUUUCUAUCACAGAUCAACAACUGCCUAUGUUUAUUCGUAUAAUGCAACUUGGGAUUGCUCUUUACUAUGGAGAAAUAGGCAAUUUUAAAGAUGGAGAAAUGGAAGACUCUACCUGUCACAAUAAAGAUAUGUUAGGAAACAUUACAGGUGCUGAAGAUGAAACAAGAAUAGAUAUGCAGUAUCCUUCUCAGUAUAAAGGCCAAGAGUUGUAUUCACAGCAAGAUGAUGAACAGCCACAGGGCUGGGUGUCAUGGGCCUGGUCAUUUGUGCCUGCAAUUGUGAGUUAUGAUAGUGAGGAAGACUACCUUGGGAAUGAUCCUACCUCAAUCACACAUCAGCAGAAAGCACAGACUUUGAAGGAUCCUAUUGUUUCUAUAGGAUUUUACUGCACAAAGGCAACAGUGACGUUCAAACUCACAGAAAUGCAAGCUGAGAGUAGUUAUUAUAGCCCACAAAAAGUAAAAUCUAAGGAAAUAUUGUGUUGGGAACAAGAAGGAACUACAGUGGAGGCCCUUAUGAUGGGAGAGCCUUUCUUUGAUUGCCAGAUUGGAUUUGUAGGUUGCAGAGCUAUAUGCCUUAAAGGAAUUAUGGGUGUUAAAGAUUUUGAAGAGAAUAUGAAUAGAAGUGAGGCCGAAGCCUGUUUCUUCAUCUGUGGUGAAAGUUUGAGUACAAAAGGUUUGACGUACCUUACAAAUUCAUUGUUUGAUUACCGAAGCCCAGAAAAUAAUGGUACUCGUGCAGAAUUUAUCCUGGAUGCAGCUCAUCAUAAGGAGACAUACACUGAGAUUGCUGGAAUGCAAAGGUUUGGGGCUUUUUACAUGGAUUAUCUCUAUACAAUGGAGAACACCAGUGGCAAAGGUUCUACAAAUCAACAAGACUUCUCCACAGGGAAAAGUGAAGAUCUGGGAACAGUCCAGGAGAAGUCUACUAAAAGCCUUGUUAUAGGUCCUCUUGAUUUUCGCUUGGAUAGUAGUGCGGUACAUAGGAUUUUGAAAAUGAUUGUUUGUGCCUUGGAACAUGAAUAUGAACCAUAUAGCAAGCUAAAACCAGAUAUUAAGCACGAUAAUGAAACAAUACUGAAUCCAGAAGAAGUAGCUUCUUUGGAGGAGUAUAUUCCUACUCGACACACAAGUGUUACUCUCCUCAAAUGUACCUGCACAAUUUUCAUGGCUGAAUUCAACUUGCUAGACCAUUUGCUACCUGUCAUCAUGGGAGAAAAGAACUCAAGUACGUUCACAAAUACUACAAACUUCCAGUCUCUGCGGCCUUUGCCAUGCAUUCAGAUACUAGUGGAUAAAAUUAAUCUGGAACAUUCUGUGCCGAUGUAUGCUGAACAGUUGGUGCGUGUGGUCAGCGGCCUUACUCAACCUUCUGAUAAUCUGCUUCAUUAUUGCUAUGUACACUGCUACCUUAAGGUAUUUGGUUUCCAGGCAGGACUUACGUCUUUGGAUUGUAGCAGAUCUUACUGCUUAUCUGUACCGAUUAUUCCCUCCUUCAGCACUGCUCUUUAUGGUAAACUUCUGAAACUCCCUACUUGCUGGACCAAAAGAUCUCAGAUUGCUAUAAGUGAAGGUAUAUUUGAACUUCCGAAUCUCACAAUUCAAGCUACAAGAGCACAGACACUUCUGUUGCAAGCAAUAUAUCAGAGUUGGUGUCAUAUUGGAAAUGUCAACACUUCAGCAUUGAAUGAAGCUUUGAUGAAUGAAGUCUUCCAUACUACAGGUGUGAAAUCUAAGAAUCCCUUGCCAACUCUUGAGGGCUCAAUCCAGAAUGUUGAAUUGAAGUACUGCAGCACAUCAUUGGUCAAAUGUGCCUCUGGGACCAUGGGAUCAAUAAAAAUUUGUGCCAAAGCCCCAGUGGACAGUGGAAAAGAGAAGUUGAUUCCUUUGCUUCAGGGUCCUUCUGACACUAAAGACCUUCACUGCACCAAGUGGCUCAAUGAGAGUAGAAAGCCAGAAUCUCUCCUAGCUCCGGAUUUAAUAGCCUUCACAAUUCAAGUUCCACAAUAUAUGGACUACUGCCACAGUUCUGGUGGUGUAUUUCUUUGCAGUGUACAAGGACUAGCAGUUAAUAUUGACCCAAUCUUAUAUACAUGGCUCAUCUAUCAGCCUCAGAAACGAACAAGCAGGCAUAUGCAACAGCAGUCUGUGGUAGCUGUUCCAUUUGUUAUGCCAAUUAGUAGAAGAAAAGAGGAUGAGGUGUCUGUUGGAAGUGCACCAUUUGCAAAGCAGCAAUCCUAUCAGGCCUCUGAGUAUGCCAGUAGCCCGAUAAAAACAAAAACGAUAACAGAAUCCCGACCAUUGUCAGUUCCUGUGAAAGCCAUGUUGAAUAUAUCUGAAGGCUGCAGAAGUCCUGAAGAAAGAAUGAAAGAAUUUAUUGGAAUAGUAUGGAAUGCAGUGAAGAGUCUCACACUACAGCUUGAAGUACAGUCUUGUUGCGUGUUCAUUCCAAAUGAUAGCCUGCCUUCCCCAAGUACAAUUGUAUCUGGUGACAUUCCUGGAACAGUAAGAAGUUGGUACCAUGGACAAACCAGCAUGCCAGGAACGAUUGUCUUCUGUUUACCUCAAAUAAAAGUUAUUAGUGCUGGUCACAAGUAUAUGGAACCUUUGCAGGAGAUUCCAUUUGCCAUCCCACGACCCAUCCUUGAAGAAGGUGAUGCUUUUCCUUGGACUAUCAGCCUACAUCAUUUCAGCAUAUAUACACUUCUUGGAAAACAAGUGACGCUUUGCCUAGUAGAACCUAUGGGUUGUACCUCUACUCUAGCUGUCACGUCUCAGAAGCUACUUGCUACAGGACCUGAUACGCGACAUUCAUUUGUUGUCUGUCUCCAUGUUGACCUAGAGUCACUAGAGAUAAAAUGCUCUAAUCCUCAGGUCCAGCUCUUCUAUGAGAUAACUGAUACCAUGAAUAAGGUCUGGAAUAAGAUUCAGAAGAGAGGCAAUCUCAGUCCAUCUUCAGCUUAUACAGACACCAUGGCAGGGCCUGUCCCUUCUUCUCCAGUUAGAAGCAGUGUAGGUACCGCUCCUCCAGAUACUAGCACAUGCAGCCCAUCUGCCGACAUUGGAACUACUACUGAGGGAGAUUCUAUCCAAGCAGGUGAUGACUCACCAUUCUCAGAUUCCAUUACCUUGGAACAAACUACAAGUAAUAUUGGUGGCUCCAGUGGACGUGUUAGUCUAUGGAUGCAGUGGGUGCUCCCCAAAGUUACUAUAAAGCUCUUUGCUCCAGAUCCUGAAAAUAAAGGCACAGAAGUUUGUAUGGUCAGUGAACUAGAAGAUCUCAGUGCUUCCAUAGAUGUCCAGGAUGUAUAUACCAAAGUGAAAUGUAAAAUAGAGAGUUUCAAUAUUGAUCACUAUAGAAGCAGGCCAGGGGAAGGUUGGCAGUCAGGACAUUUUGAAGGAGUGUUUCUACAGUGCAAAGAAAAACCUUUGACAACUACAAAACUUCUAGAUGGCUCUCAUCAGCAGCAUGGAUUUCUCUCUCUGACAUAUACAAAAGCUGUAACAAAAAAUGUCCGCCACAAGUUAACAUCAAGAAAUGAGCGAAGAAGUUUUCAUAAAUUAUCUGAAGGUUUAAUGGAUGGUUCCCCUCAUUUUCUUCAUGAAAUUCUUCUUUCAGCACAAGCCUUUGAUAUUGUCCUUUGUUUUCCUUUACUUAAUGCCAUUGCAAGUAUAUUUCAAGCAAAACUACCAAGAACCGAAAAAGAGAAAAGAAAAUCUCCUGGUCAGCCCAUGAGGACCCAUACACUCACAUCACGCAAUUUACCUUUGAUUUAUAUCAACACAAGUGUAAUCAGAAUUUUUGUUCCAAAAACAGAAGAUAUACAGCCAACAGUUGAAGUUAAUCAGGCAGCAGCAGAAGACACUAUGGUUUUGAAGAUUGGCUCUGUUGCCAUGGCUCCCCAAGCUGACAAUCCGCUUGGCAGAUCUGUCCUCAGGAAAGAUAUUUACCAGAGAGCCUUGAACUUAGGAAUUCUUCGAGAUCCUGGAUCAGAAAUUGAAGAUAGACAAUACCAAAUAGAUCUGCAAUCCAUCAAUAUUGGUACUGCACAAUGGAGUCAACUAAAACCAGAGAAGGAAAGUGGCACAGGAGGGGUGCUAGCAGAAAGUGAAAGGAAUUCUCAAAAUCCAGCCCUUGAGUGGAAUAUGGCCAGCAGCAUUAGACGGCAUCAAGAAAGGAGAGCAAUUUUGACUCCCAUUUUGACGGAUUUUUCUGUUCGAAUAACUGGAGCACCUGCCAUCAUUUUCACCAAAAUAAUUUCUCCAGAAAAUACGCAUACUGAGGAGAUUUUAGUGUGUGGCCAUUCCUUGGAAGUGAAUAUAACCACAAACCUGGACUUCUUCCUAAGUGUGGCUCAAGUUCAACUCUUACAUCAGUUAAUAGUAGCAAAUAUGACUGGACUGGAACCAUCAACCAAGGCCACAGAGAUCUCUAAACAAGAACAGAAAAAAAUGGAUACAUUUGAUGGAGGCAUGGCUGAAACUUCAUCUCGGUACAGUGGUGCUCAGGAUAGUGGAAUUGGCAGUGACAGUGUUAAAAUCAGAAUAGUACAAAUAGAGCAACAUAGCGGUGCCAGUCAGCAUCGCAUUGCCCGUCCCUCACGCCAGUCGUCAAUUGUGAAAAAUCUAAAUUUUAUUCCCUUUGACAUAUUUAUUACCGCAAGUAGAAUCUCACUAAUGACCUAUUCCUGUAUGGCCUUACCCAAAUCGACAUCACAAGAACAGAAGGAUAAUGAAAAAACAGGCAAGAGUUCAUUAAAUCUCUCAGAAGUUGAUUCAGAUGUUGCUAAGCCCAACCAGGCAUGUAUUUCCACGGUGACAGCAGAAGAUCUGUUAAGCAGCAGCAUUUCUUUUCCUUCAGGGAAAAAAAUAGGGGUCCUCUCUCUUGAAAGUCUUCAUGCAUCCACAAGGUCAUCUGCUAGACAAGCACUGGGUAUAACUAUUGUUCGGCAGCCUGGUCGAAGAGGAACCAGUGACUUACAGCUAGAGCCUUUUCUGUACUUUAUUGUAUCCCAGCCUUCCUUGCUUCUGAGUUGUCACCACAGAAAGCAGCGAGUGGAAAUAUCCAUUUUCGAUGCUGUGCUUAAAGGGGUAGCCUCUGAUUACAAAUGUUCAGAUCCUGGGAAGACUCUGCCUGAAGUCCUGGAUUACUGCACUGUUUGGCUGCAGACAGUGCCUGGAGAAAUAGACAGCAAAAGUGGGAUUCCACCUUCCCUUGUAACACUACAAAUUAAAGACUUUCUUAAUGGACCAGCGGACAUCAAUUUGGAUAUAUCAAAGCCUUUAAAAGCAAACCUGAGUUUUACCAAACUGGAUCAGAUAAAUCAUUUUUUAAAGAAGAUAAAAAGUGCACAUGGCUUGGCACAUAGCAAAGAGACUUCAUCCCUGACGGAAUCCAUGUUGAGUAAGGAUGAGCUUCUGGGCUCCAAAUGUUACCGUGGAAAGUUGUCUAAACCUAAAGUUCAUGGUGAUGGAGUACAAAAGAUUUCAGUUCAAGAAAACAUGUGGAGAGCUGUUUCCUGCUUUCAGAAAAUUUCUGUCCAUACUACUCAGAUUGUGAUCUCCAUGGAAACUGUCCCCCAUCCUAGUAAACCAUGCCUGUUAGCAUCUCUAUCAAACCUCAGUGGAAGCCUUAGUGUGAAAGCAGCGCAAAAAGUACCCGGCAUAAUUCUUGGGUCAUCAUUUCUACUCAGCAUAAAUGAUUUUCUCCUUAAAACAAGUCUCAAAGAAAGAAGUCGGAUUCUGAUAGGACCAUGUUGUGCUACUGCCAAUCUGGAAGCUAAAUGGUGUAAACACAGUGGCAGUCCAGGCCCAGAACAGUCCAUACCAAAAAUAUCCAUUGAUUUAAGAGGAGGUCUGCUACAGGUCUUCUGGGGUCAAGAACAUUUGAAUUGUUUAGUUCUUCUACAUGAAUUACUCAAUGGAUACCUUUAUGAGGAGGGAAAUUUUGAAGUGCAAGUUUCUGAACCAGUACCACAAAUGCCAUCUCCUACGGAAAAGAAUCAGACAUUUAAAAGUGAACAAAGUUCAGAUGACUUACGGACAGGUCAAUUUCAGUAUAUACAAGAUGCUGAAUCUUUGAAACUGCCUGGUAUCUAUGAAGUCUUAUUUUAUAAUGAAACCGAAGAUAGCCCAGGGAUGAUGUUAUGGAGAUAUCCGGAACCUAGAGUGCUCACCCUUGUACGAAUAACUCCUGUGCCUUUCAACACCACAGAGGAUCCAGAUAUUAGCACAGCAGACCUUGGUGAUGUGCUACAGGUUCCUUGUAGUUUGGAAUACUGGGAUGAACUCCAGAAGGUUUUUGUUGCAUUUCGAGAAUUUAGUUUGUCUGAAAGCAGAGUUUGUGAACUGCAGUUGCCAGAUAUCAAUCUUGUGAAUGACCAGAAGAAACUAGUAUCCUCAGAUCUUUGGAGAAUUGUCUUGAACAGCAGUCAAAACGGAGCUGAUGACCAAAGCUCUGCAAGUGAAUCUGGUUCUCAAAGCACUUGUGAUCCACUGGUAACUCCAACAGCCCUUGCUGCCUGUACCAGAGUCGACUCCUGCUUUUCCCCAUGGUUUGUGCCUUCUCUUUGCAUUUCCUUCCAGUUCGCUCACCUGGAGUUCCACCUUUGUCAUCACCUUGAUCAACUAGGCACAGCUCCCCCGCAGUACCUACAGCCAUUCAUUUCUGAUAAAAAUGUGCCAUCUGAACUAGAAUACAUGAUUGUUUCCUUCAGAGAACCACACAUGUAUCUUCGACAGUGGAAUAAUGGUUCUGUCUGUCAGGAGAUCCAGUUCUCAGCUCAAGCAGACUGUAAACUUCUAGAGUGCAGAAACGUUACUAUGCAAAGCGUGGUGAAACCCUUCAGUGUCUCUGGACAGAUUGCAGUUUCCAGUGAUGCCACAGAAAAGCUGCUUGACUGCACCAUGAUGGUUGACUCUGUAUUUGUAAACUUUGGACAGCAUGUAGUUCAUUCUCUAAACACUGCAAUACAAGCUUGGCAACAGAACAAAUGCCCUGAGGUAGAAGAGUUGGUCUUCAGCCAUUUUGUGAUCUGUAAUGACACACAGGAGACACUGCGGUUUGGCCAGGUGGACACUGAUGAAAAUAUCCUGCUGGCGAGUCUCCACAGUCACCAGUACAGCUGGCGCUCUCACAAAUCCCCACAGCUGUUACACAUCUGUAUUGAAGGUUGGGGCAAUUGGCGUUGGUCAGAGUCUUUCAGUGUGGACCAUGCUGGGACUUUUAUUAGAACAAUUCAGUACAAGGGUCGAACCGCUUCACUCAUCAUCAAGGUUCAGCAACUCAAUGGAGUACAAAAACAGAUUAUCAUCUGUGGAAGACAGAUCAUCUGUAGUUACUUAUCUCAAAGCAUAGAACUAAAAGUCGUUCAGCAUUACAUUGGUCAAGAUGGACAAGCUGUGGUUCGAGAACAUUUUGACUGCCUCACAGCCAAACAGAAAUUGCCUUCAUACAUACUAGAAAACAAUGAACUGACAGAGUUAUGUGUGAAGGCCAAAGGAGAUGAAGAUUGGUCAAGAGAUGUGUGCCUGGAAUCCAAAGCCCAUGAGUAUAGCAUUGUCAUUCAGGUGCCAUCUUCAAACAGUUCCAUUAUUUAUGUCUGGUGCACAGUUUUGACUUUAGAACCCAACUCUCAAGUGCAACAGCGAAUGAUUGUGUUCAGCCCUCUUUUUAUCAUGAGGAGUCAUCUUCCAGACCCCAUUAUCAUACAUUUGGAGAAAAGGAGUCUGGGAUUGAGCGAAACACAAAUUAUUCCAGGAAAAGGACAGGAAAAACCACUGCAAAACAUAGAACCUGACCUUAUACAUCACCUAACAUUUCAAGCAAGAGAAGAGUAUGAUCCUUCAGAUUGUGCUGUUCCCAUCUCAACAUCCCUCAUUAAGCAAAUAGCCACUAAGCUACACCCUGGAGGCACAGUUAAUCAAAUCCUAGACGAAUUCUAUGGGCCAGAAAGGUCCCUUCAACCCAUAUGGCCCUAUAAUAAGAAGGACUGUGACAGGAAUGAACAGCUGAAUCAGUGGGAUAGCCCAAUGCGAGUAAAGUUGUCAAUCUGGAAGCCAUAUGUUAAAACCUUGUUGAUAGAACUUCUACCCUGGGCCUUGCUUAUCAAUCAAUCCAAAUGGGACCUCUGGCUAUUUGAAGGAGAGAAGAUUGUUCUACAGAUUCCUGCUGGAAAAAUUAUUAUUCCUCCUAAUUUUCAGGAAGCUUUUCAAAUUGGAAUAUACUGGGCAAAUACAAACACUGUGCACAAGUCAGUAGCAAUUAAACUGGUCCACAACCUGACAUCUCCAAGGUGGAAAGAUGGAGGUAAUGGUGAAGUUGUGACUUUGGAUGAAGAAGGGUUUGUAGAUGCUGAAAUAAGACUUGGUGCUUUCCCAGGACAUCAGAAGUUAUGUCAGUUCUGCAUUUCCUCCAUGGUACAGCAAGGUAUACAAAUUGUUCAGAUUGAAGACAAGACUACAAUAAUCAAUAAUACACCAUAUCAGAUAUUUUAUAAACCACAGUUAUCUGUCUCCAAUCCCCAUUCUGGAAAGGAGUAUUUUCAUGUCCCAGACAGUGCUACUUUUAGCAUUUGCCCAGGUGGAGAGCAGCCUGCUAUGAAAUCCAGUUCCCUUCCUUGCUGGGACUUAAUGCCUGACAUCAGUCUGUCAGUGUUGGAUGCAUCCUUGCUUCAGAAACAGAUCUUGCUGGGCUUUUUUCCUGCAGCAGGUGCCGACAGCUCACAGUGCUGGAGCCUGCCAGCUAUAGUUGCACAAGAGUUUCCCAGACAGAGUGUGGCAGUGCCCUUUGGGAAUUUUAGGGAAAAUGGAUUCUGUACCAGGGCCAUAGCAGUGACAUAUCAGGAACACUUUGGAGUGACUUAUUUAACCCUCUCAGAAGACCCUAGUCCUCGAGUAAUUUUCCACAAUAGAUGUCCUGUAACAAUGCUUGUAAAGGAAAAUAUUAAAGAUAUUCCAAAGUUUGAGGUUUAUUGCAGAAAAAUUCCUUCUGAGUGCUCAAUUCAUCAUGAGCUGUAUCAUCAGAUUUCCAGUUAUCCAGACUGCAAGACCAAAGACUUAUUUCCAAGCCUCUUUUUGAAAGUAGAAUUGCUGGAUGAAGUAACAACUGAGUGGAGUGAUGCCGUCGACAUCAACAGUCAAGGAACACAGGUUGUAUUUCUGACUGGGUUUGGCUAUGUGUAUGUGGACAUUGUCCAUCAGUGUGGCACAGUCCUCAUCACUGUGGCCCCAGAAGGAAAAGCAGGAUCUAUUUUAUCCAAUACCAACAGAACUCUGGAAAAGAUUGUUACAUUUAAACUGUUCAUCACUCAGUUGAGCCUGGCAGUGUUUGAUGACCUCACCCACCACAAAGCAUCAGCUGAGCUCCUGAGACUCACACUGGACAAUGUUUUUCUCCACAUGGCCCCAGGGGCUGGUCCCCUCUCUGGGGAAGAGCCUGCGGCCACCCUCUUUGAGCUUUACCGCCUGGAAAUCUACUGUGGGGACCUGCAGCUGGACAACCAGCUUUAUAACAAGUCCAGUUUCCACUUCGCUGUCUUGGUCUGCCAGGAAGAAAAGACAGAACCCAUUCAGUGUUCCAAAAUGCAGAGUCUCCUGGUAUCCAGCAAAGAUUUGGAAGAAUACAAAGAAAACUGUUUUAUCAAAGUUUGCAUCACCUUAUCUGAGGGCAAGAGCUUCUUAUUUGAUAUUAAUGAGUUCAGUUUUGAAUUAAAGCCUGCCCGGUUAUAUGUGGAAGAUACAUUUGUAUACUACAUCAAAACUUUGUUUGACACUUACCUUCCUAACAGCAAGCUGGCUUGUCACUCUACACACCUCUCUGGGGGUAAACAGGUGCUGCCCUUGCAGGUCAGGCAGCACGCCAGGGCCUUGGUUAACCCUGUGAAGUUACGGAAACUGGUGAUCCAGCCGGUGAAUUUGCUUGUCAGCAUCCACGCGUCCCUCAAGCUGUACAUAGCCUCCGACCACACUCCGCUCUCCUUCUCCGUGUUUGAGAGAGGACCCAUCUUCACCACGGCGAGACAGCUUGUGCAUGCCCUGGCGAUGCACUAUGCCACGGGGGCUCUUUUUAGAGCAGGCUGGGUGGUUGGGUCCCUGGAGAUCCUCGGCAGCCCUGCCAGCCUGGUGAGGAGCAUCGGGAACGGCAUCGCUGACUUCUUCAAGCUGCCGUACGAGGGGCUGACCCGGGGUCCCGGAGCCUUCGUGAGCGGAGUCUCCAGAGGGACGACAUCAUUUGUGAGGCACAUUUCCAAAGGUACCCUCACAUCCAUCACCAACCUGGCCACGAGCUUGGCCCGGAACAUGGACCGGCUCUCACUGGACGAGGAGCACUACAACCGGCAGGAGGAGUGGCGGCGGCAGCUCCCGGAAAGCCUGGGUGAGGGGCUGCGGCAGGGCCUGUCCCGGCUGGGCAUCAGCCUGCUCGGUGCGAUUGCUGGGAUAGUGGAUCAGCCAAUGCAGAACUUCCAGAAAACAUCCGAGGCUCAGGCUUCAGCAGCACACAAGGCCAAAGGUGUUAUCUCUGGUGUGGGGAAAGGAAUCAUGGGCGUGCUCACGAAGCCCAUCGGAGGAGCUGCGGAGCUCGUGUCACAGACUGGCUAUGGUAUUUUACACGGUGCUGGACUUUCUCAGCUUCCAAAACAGCGCUAUCAGCCAAGUGAUCUACAUGCUGACCGGGCUCCAAACAGCCAUGUCAAAUAUGUCUGGAAAAUGCUUCAGUCUCUGGGCAGACCCGAAGUCCACAUGGCCCUCGAUGUGGUUCUGGUGAGGGGCUCAGGCCAGGAGCAUGAAGGGUGCUUGCUGCUGACAUCAGAAGUGCUCUUCGUGGUGAGCAUCAGCGAGGACACGCAGCAGCAGGCCUUCCCCGUCACAGAGAUCGACUGUGCACAGGACAGCAAGCAAAACAACCUGCUCACCGUGCAGCUCAAGCAGCCAAGAGUGGCCUGUGAUGUGGAGGUGGAUGGAGUCCGAGAGAGAUUGUCAGAACAACAGUAUAACAGACUUGUGGACUACGUCACAAAGACUUCUUGUCACCUGGCACCCAACUGCUCUUCCAUACAAACACCAUGCCCUGUGGUGGCUGUGGAACCUCCCCCCUCCACUGGUAAAACAUACCAUUAUGUGGCCGAUCCACAUUUUGCCCAGGUCUUCAUUAGUAAAUUUACCAUGGUGAAAAAUAAAGCCCUCAGGAAAGGGUUCCCUUGAAA